AUGCCUCCUACAACUGGACUGGCUCCCCGUCGAACUUCAGCCUCUCCACAAACACUGCUUUGGGCGGUGACUCGCACGGCAGGGGUUGAGAAUGUCAACAAAUGGUUUCAGCCGGGAGACCAGGCAUACAUCCUGGUCGCCUCUGCCAUGGUCAUGGUGAUGGUUCCCGGGCUCGGUUUCCUCUACUCUGGUCUUGCUCGCCGAAAGUCGGCCCUGAGCAUGAUAUGGGCCUGCAUGGCUUCGAUGUCUGUCAUCAGCUUCCAGUGGUAUUUCUGGGGCUACUCUCUCGCAUUUUCACCCACCGCUACAAACGGAUUCAUCGGCAACUUGCGGAACUUUGGUCUCAUGAACACUCUAGCUAUACCGAGCCCUGGUUCUCCCCUGCUAUCCGAUCUUCUCUAUGCUUUCUAUCAGCUUCAAUUCUGCGCUGUUACCGCUGCGAUUGUCAUGGGUGCCGUUGCCGAACGAGGACGCCUACUACCAGCCUUGGUUUUUAUCUUCUUCUGGGCCACUCUCGUCUACUGUCCGGUCGCUUGCUGGAUUUGGAACCCUAACGGCUGGGCUUUUAAGUACGGAGUCAUGGACUAUGCCGGUGGUGGCCCCGUAGAGAUUGUCUCUGGCCUAUCUGCCCUGGCCUACUCACUCGUCCUCGGUCGUCGCCACGAACGGAUGAUGAUCAACUUUCGACCUCACAACGUCUCCUUGAUCUUGCUCGGCACCGUCUUCCUUUGGUUCGGAUGGUUGGGCUUCAACGGUGGCUCUUCAUUCGGUGCCAACCUUCGCGCCGUUAUGGCGUGCUGGAACUCCAACUUGACCGCCAGUUUUGCUGCGAUGACCUGGGUGCUCCUUGACUGGCGCCUUUCCAGGAAAUGGUCCAUGGUCGGAUGGUGUUCUGGUACCAUUUCUGGCCUCGUUGCCGCUACUCCUGCCUCUGGUUUCAUCCCACCGUGGGCCAGUGUUAUCCUUGGAAUUGUCACCGGUUUCGUUGCUAACUACAGCACCAAGUUCAAAUACUGGAUGGGUAUCGACGAUUCCAUGGACGUAUUCGCAGAGCACGGUGUUGCCGGUAUCGUUGGCCUUCUAUUCAACGCCCUCUUCGGAAGUGAUGCCAUCGUAGGCCUCGACGGAGUCAAUGUCGGCUCUAAAAACCCAACCACUGGGACCGCCGUCGGAGGCUGGAUCAUUCACAACUACCGCCAGCUUUACAUCCAGCUAGCCUACAUUGUCGCUGCUGCAGGCUACUCCUUCGUCGUAUCUGCCCUGAUCGCCUACGCAAUCAACAUAAUACCUGGCCUUAAACUACGUGCUUCUGAACAAGCCGAACUCCUAGGCAUGGACGACGACCAGCUAGGCGAGUUUGCGUAUGAUUACGUCGAAGUACGACGCGACUAUCUCGCAUGGACUCCCCAGAAGAAUGACCAGACGGGGCAGGACGGCAUCAUCCCUCGUGCUAAUCUCUACGGGUGUGGUGAACAUAGUGGAAUGUUCUCUAGCUCAGGACAAGAAACUAAGAGUCAGCAGACUUCCUCCCCUUUUCCAUCAAAGUCUUCUUCACAGACCAACCUUCGAGACGUCACAGAAGUGCCUUCGGUCGUUGGUGCGGCAGAGCCCACCACUGAACGCAACGAGACGGUUGAAUUGAGCGAAAAGUCUCAAUAA